AUCUCAUCUCUCGGUUCACUACUCGUGCAAGUGUAGCUACCAUGGCUGGUAGAACAGCGCGUGUGGAGCUCUGCGCUCUUGCCUUCUGUGCUCUCCUCAGCCUCCAGCUCGCCUUGGCCUCUAGAUCACUUUAUGGAACUGGAGCCGGAGGUGGAGGUGGAGGCGGCGGCGGUGGGGGCGGUGGAGGUGGUGGUGACUCUGGAUAUGGUUCAGGUUACGGCUCCGGAUAUGGUGAGGGCGGCGGUAGGGGGAGUGCGGGAGGGUAUGGUAGAGGAGGAGGAGGUGGAGGCGGCGGUGGCGGUGGCGGGGGAGAAGGAGGAGGUGAAGGCGCUGGCUCCGGUUCCGGGCAUGGCUAUGGCUCUGGCUCUGGAUAUGGUGAAGGUGCCGGUGGUGGGAGUGCUGGUGGAUACGGUAGAGGAGGCGGCGGAGGUGGCGGCGGGGGAGAAGGGGUUGGUGAAGGCUCGGGAUAUGGGUCUGGCCAUGGCUAUGGAUCCGGCUACGGUGCUGGUGCUGGUGGCGCUCAGGGUGGAGGUUACGGGAGUGGUGGAGGGGGUGGAGGCGGCGGUGGAGAGGGCUCGGGCUCCGGCUCCGGCUCCGGCUCCGGCGCUGGUUCCGGCUCAGGCUACGGUAGCGGAGGAGGAAACGGUGCUGGUGGCGGGAGUGCCGGAGGAUAUGGCAGAGGUGGCGGAGGCGGCGGUGGGGGUGGAGGUGGUGGUGGAAUGGGCUCCGGCUCCGGCUCUGGCUCUGGCUACGGUUCUGGUUAUGGUUCUGGGUACGGCGGCGGCGGCGGCGGAAAUGGCCACUACUAGAUUUAGUUCUAUAUACCAUUAAAUUACGUGCAAUAAGAGCUCUGUUGCUGUAUCAGUAAAACUUAUUAUGACGUGUGCUCAAUACAAAAUACGUGGGAGCUUACUUGCUAAUGCAUAUAAUAACUUCAUGUUGGUAUA